UCACCUAUGAAAAAAGAAAUGUUAUCUAACUUUAUCAAGGGAACAAUCUUUGCCUUUCUAACUGGCCUUGGCACUAUGGGGAACAUCUCUGUUUUUGUGAGUUACGUGCUCCUAUUUGCAGGCAAUGAGAAAAAAUCCAUACAUCUUAUUCUCCUCCAUCUGGCUAUUACAAAUACCAUAACUCUUCUUUCCAAGGGAAUGCCAAGUAUAAUAGCGCCUUUUGGUGUGAGAAACUUCCUAGAUGACACAGGCUGCAAGAUUGUGGCUUAUCUGGAGAGGGUGGCCCCGAGCCUGACCAUGUGCACCAGUGCUCUCCUCACGGUGGUCCAGGCCGUCACCAUCAGUCCCGCACACUCCAGAUGGAGGAAGCUCAAGUUCAGGUCUCCAUGGCACAUCCUUCACUUGUGUCUUUUCUUUUGGGUUCUUAAUUCCUCAAUAGGCAUGAACUUACUCUUUUCUAUCACAAGUACAACCAUGAACACAUCAAAAGACAGUAGGAACCAUAAAGCUUGUCAUUUUCGUCCAGAAAACCAGAAAAUAAAAUGGACAUUUUUCACUGUCAUGAUCAUACGAGCUGUAAUGUUUCUGGGCAUCAUGGGCACAGCCAGUGGCUACAUGGUGUUUCUUCUCCACAGACACCACCAGCGUGUUCUCCGCCUACAGAUCUCCAAGUCUCUCUACAAACUUCCCCCUGAGAUCAAAGCGGCUCGAAGUAUUCUUCUUCUGAUGCUUUGUUUUCUUUUCUUUUAUUGGACAGAUUGUGUUUUUUCUAUAUUUAUUAAUUUUUUCCUGGAGAAUAAUUUCAUUUUAUUGAAUAUUCGAAAUUUCAUGACCCUUGGUUAUGCAAUUGUCUGCCCAUUUGUGCUGAUUCACAGAGAUGCACACCUGGCUGAAUGCUGGCGAGCUCUAUAG